AUGUCGUCUCCGAAUAACAAGUCUCCCGCCAAUGGCGAUGCCGGUGCUGCCGAUGAGAAACCACGACUUACUGAGGAGGAAAAGAAGCAGAACCACAUCGCAUCUGAGCAGAAGCGACGACAAGCGAUUCGUGAAGGCUUCGACCGCUUGACUGAACUGGUGCCUGGCUUAGAAGGGCAGGGGAGAUCCGAAGGCCUGGUUCUGAAGCGGACGGUUGACUAUAUGCGUGAGCAGCUCUCAGAGAGGCAGGCCAUGGUUGAUCGCAUUGAACAGGCUGGCGGUGAUGUCGAUGAGAAACACAAGAGCUACCGCAAGUCAAGAGCCCGAACAGACUCAACAGCCUGGGGCAUUGAGACGAUGGAACUGAUUGACUGUCGCAUAUUAGCACCUGACCAUCCCAAAUCGCGAUAG